AUUUCAUAAGAGAAAUCUCACCGGACGACCAAGCUCAUAUUUCGCCAAACAAUUGUCAAAUGAUAAUCAUCGAGAGGUGGUCUUUAGUGACGGACACGAGUGGGAAGCAAUCAGACGGACCACACAACCGGCCAUUCAGAAAUAUUCAACACUCGAUAAACUCAUAUAUUUAACCGUUGAUUGUGUCGACCAAACCGUCAAAUCUAUGAUCGAUAGGGAAGGACUGGACAAACCAUUUAUUGUGAAGGACUAUAUCUUUUACAUGUUUUUCAACAUCAUAUCCGCCAGCAUUUUAGGCAAAAGCUACACAAUGGAUGACCCGGAAUUGAAACGAUUUAAAUACGUGUUAAUGGACGUAGGUCAUGAGGUGGGCGCCAGGUUUAUGUUAUGGGAUUUCUCGUCAUUUAUACGACUAUUGGACAGGAGAUCAGUGCAAAAACAACAACAAAUUUUGACCGAGAUGAGUUUAAUGAUUAGAAAUAAAUUCAAAGAUCAUUACGCGGACUACUCGGAUGCUAUUGAGAGAGACAUUUGCGAUGCACUCAUAACCGCUAAGAAUGAGGCCCUCAGAGAGGGUAAAGAGUGGGCCCCUUAUCUCACCGAUGAUAACCUGGCGAUGUCUGCGAUGAGUCUGUUUCUGGGAGGAAUAAGCACCUCGCAAAACACCUUUCAAUGGAUUGUGCUAUUGAUGUGCUAUUACCCGGAAGUGCAGCGAAAGUUGAGACAAGAGAUUGAGACACAAAUCGGAGACCGAAUGCCAACACAUGAGGACAGGAAUCGAUGCCAUUAUGUCAUGGCUUUCAUCGCUGAGACCCUGAGGUUCAGAAAUAUUAUUCCGAUUGGUGUCCCACACAGAGCUCUCGUCGACAUUCAAAUUGGUAAAUAUGCAAUUCCCGAAAAUACGUCCGUAGCAGUUUACCAUGGUAUCAUUUGUCGCAAUGAUAAGGAUUGGCACAAAGCCAAUGAGUUCAUACCGGAAAGGUUUCUGGAUAGUGAGGGCCGGUAUAUAACAGUGCGUUCAAAGGCGUACAUCCCGUUCGGUGUGGGACGGCGUAUGUGUUUGGGCGAGAAGUUAGCCAUCGCUGACCUCUUCCUAGUUUUGGUCACAUUUUUGCAGUCGACCCGACACUACAAUAUAGUGGUAGAGAGCGGCACCGGUAUAGAUGCCGACCCUAAUGGUUCGCAACAUAUGACGGCUCCCAUAUAUAAAGUAGCAUUUUCUACAAUUAUAUAAUCGGCCACAAUUCAAAUGCCAUACUUUGAGUUAUAAGACCAGUCAAGUAAAAUGUAAUACGAAU